UUUUUUUUCUCCUUCAGCCCUAGGGUUCCGCGGUCCGUUCGAUGCAACCAAACUCUUUCCGUCCACCAGCGAGGGCAUUCUCCGUCCCUGAUUCGGCGAGUCAUUUCUUAUAAUUCUAGCUUUCUGGGAAUUCCGCUGAGUCCUUCGUAUUCUCGAAUUCAGGCUGGAGUUACAAUUCCGCACCUUGAUGAGAAUACUGUGGUUGAUACCUAUGCGGUGGUAGUUUCUAUUUUAAUUUGAUUCAUUGAUUGUGUAUUUGGAGAAGAAAGGAAGUGAAGCCCUACUUAAGUAAGGGCUGUUUCUAAUGGUGAGUUAACUCCAGAAGUUGGUACCUUCCUCGAUAUAGGUUCUCCACCAGAACUGUAGAAAAUCUUUUUAGAGAAGAUUGAAUGCUGAGCUGUUGAAGGAGAAUACUCAAAGGAGUGAGAAUUGCAAUCAAGUUAUCAUCUUAUCCUUCAGUGAUGUCAAUGGUUUUCCUCCAGGAGGCACAAGAAGUAUUAGAACAAGAUUCACUGUUGCCACUUCUCCAAGCCUCCUCUUGUUAUUGAAGACCCAUUUCCUUAGUUUUAAUAUGCUGGAGGAAAGAAACUAAUUAGUUACAAUGAUGAUUUUAAUGAAGAUCUUUUGAGUGAUGAGAGCAGAAAUCCAGAGGCUUGGGAAAAUUACAGAGGAACACGAUGGCAAUGAUGGGCAGUUUGGAGUUCAAUCUAGCAGUUCUCUGAUGCCUGAAACUCAGUUUUUUGAACUGAACAAAAAGAUCAAGCAUAUGGAGUCCAAGCUACAUGAAACCUUGGCAACCGUUAAAAUCAAGGAACAGCAGGUCUGGGAGCUUGAACUAGUACUUAGCAAUAAUAAUUUUCCAAAAUUGGAAGGCACAAGUUCCCUUGUAUCAGCCCUUCAAGAUCGUAAAGAGGAGGUGAAGUCUGAACUUGAAGUCCUCCUCAAGAAAAAGAUGGAGGCAGAAAUUGAGUAUUUGAUCUUAAGAAGAACUUCCCCCAACUGGCAAAUUCUAUCUGAAGAUCACAUUACUUUGUCAAAUGGGUUGAGGCAUCUGGCUGGUGAUCAAGAACAGAUGAUGCUAAAGCUUAGAGAUGCUGAGGACAAGACCUUGAAGUUGAGAGAAAGGACAGACAAGUUAGGGGCUUAUUCCGAGGAGCUGGUAAGGACAGAGUAUUUCCUGAGGGUGCAACACAUGGUCUGUAAGUUUUCCCUCUACUUUAUUUUUCAGUUGACGCUGUUGUGUGUUGUCUUUGGAUUAUUUGGUAUGAAGUUGAUGUUCCCGAUUGAUGGGGUGGCACCGACCUAGUUUUCCAAGCCAAACCCUAUGUAAUCUUUGUUGACCUUAGAAGUUCUUUGUUUUGCCCCAAUGUAUGACCUCUAAAAGUUUUUUUUUAGCACAUAUGCCUUCUACUUUGGUGCAAUUAAUUUAUUUAA